CAUGAGCGACAGAAAGAAAGGUAAUGAAUAAUAGAGCACAUCAUUUUCAUUUGGUAAGAUAAUAAUCGUCUUUCAAUAAUUUUUUUGGUAUAGACUUGUGAUAAAUUAUUAUCAUGUCUAUAAAAUAUUUAUUAAUAAGAAAAUGAUAAAAAUAGAAUGAAAAGAAAACGAUUAUUUGCACAACUAUUUUCUUUUCUAUUAUGUGUGCAUGUAUGUUUGUUAUAUUGCUGGCAUAUAUAAUGUCACAGGUACACCACAGAAGAAUCAAACUGACUAUGACAAUGAGAUUAAGAAAAUCGUAAAUGAAAACCUUGUCGAAUGGGAUAACACCACUCGAACUAUCUUUGAUGGUGAAGAUAGCAAAAAUAAGAGAUUUGGUUCGUUCGCGCCCAGAGAGGCUCCAUCACGAGGUCAUCGUAGAACGAAGGGGGCAAUCAUCACGCCCCCAAGAGGUCGCAGUAAGGGUAAAGGACGAUACACUGCUCUAAGGAUGAACACAUCCAACCCUCCGUUUUUUGAAGAGGAGGAGGACGAGGAUGAGGAUGAGGAUGAAGAUGAAGAGGAGGAGAUGAUGAAGAAAUAAAAAAGAUUAUUUCUUUUUAUUAUAUGUUUCAAAACCAAUAUAAUCAUAUAAACAUGCACCAUGAAAGCGUGCACAAUAAUCUUUGUUUAUGUAUCGCAAAGACUUUG